AUGGAUACAAUGAAGAGUAUUGUUGUCGUGGGAUCUGACAAAGAGCUUAUGGGAAUGUGUAGUCAAGCUAUGUCAACUUCUCGUGAAGUUGAUGUGUUCAUCGAGCAAGGUAAUGUUGUGCUUAGGCGCACCGAAGAGGAAAACGAAAAAGAUGGUGAGAAAGAUUGUGAGCAUUCUGCUGAGGAGCAUUUGGAGCAGUCUGCUGCUGCUGAAAUUGAAAGCGAGAAGGCACCUUCUGCUGAGGAGAAUGAAAGCGAGAAGGCUCCUUCUGCUGAGGAGAAUGAAAGCGAGCCUGCUGAGAAUGAUCACGAGCCUGCUGCAGAUGAAAGCGAGAAGGAUCCUGGAAAUGAAAGCGAGAAUGAUGGUGCAACGUA